UUAUAGUCUAUGAUUUUACAUGUAUUUGGGCAUUUCACAAGUCAUCAAACAAUAGUAAUUUUUAAACCACCAAAAACAAGUGUAUUUUUAAAAUGGCAAGAGCUAGUAGUGCUGGUUUUGAUAGGCAUAUUACUAUUUUUUCUCCUGAAGGACGUCUCUAUCAAGUUGAAUAUGCUUUUAAAGCAAUAAAUCAAGGAGGUCUUACCUCUGUUGCUGUAAAAGGAGUCGAUACUGCUGUUGUGGCCACACAAAAGAAAAUUCCGGACAAAUUGCUCGAUGCUCAAAGUGUAACUCACUUGUUUCAUAUUACUGAAUAUAUCGGCUGCUUGAUGACUGGAAUGAUUGCUGACAGUAAAUCUCAAGUUCAACGUGCUCGCUAUGAAGCUGCUAAUUUUAAAUAUAAGAACGAUUAUGAAAUGCCAGUCGAUUGCUUAUGUCGACGUGUAGCUGAUAUUAGUCAAGUUUAUACGCAAAAUGCAGAAAUGCGUCCUCUUGGGUGUUCUAUGAUUCUGAUAGCUUAUGAUGAGGAACAGGGGCCAUGCAUUUAUAAAGCAGAUCCUGCUGGAUACUUUUGUGGAUACAGAGCUGUUGCAGCUGGCUCUAAGCAAACUGAAGCUAAUUCUUAUCUCGAAAAGAAAUUAAAGAAAAAGCAAAGCUAUGAUCAUGAUGAAACUGUUCAAUUAGCUAUUACAUGUCUCUCUACAGUUUUGUCUGUAGAUUUUAAACCAUCUGAAAUUGAAGUCGGCGUUGUAACAAAGAAUAAUCCUAAAUUCCAUGUUCUUUCUGAGGCCGAAGUUGACAAACAUUUAACUGCCAUUGCUGAAAAGGAUUAAGUUUGGAUAUUUAUACUUUUCUUUUUUUUAAAUAUACGUUAUUCCUAAAUAAAUCCAAAUUUUAAA